AAUGUUUUCUUGGAUCAGAUUCAGUCACGGUUACCGUGGAAACCGCCAUUGCAUCUGUCAAACGUGCAACUCUGAGCUUCAUGAGGAGAAAACACCCAUCACCUGCAGGAGUCUGUUAAACUUCAUCAACACAGAAACGAGUUGACUCACAGAUGGAGGGAUAUCUGGGAGAAGAGAAGACAAACACCACCAGCAGCACAAUGAGCUCAUCAGCAGAGACGCCCACAAAUCCAGCCGGAUCUUGUGGUGAGGGUGAGGAGAGUUUAAUGGGAGGACAAAGAGAUCCACAUCAGCGUCCCGACACUGUUGAGAAACCGUACCGCCGUGACCUGUCUUUCUCAGAGCAUCUAAAGUCUCGUCAGCGUAUCCACCCUGGAGAAAGGCCUCACACCUGGGAGCAGUGUGGGAAGAGUUUCAAACUAUCUCAACAUUUCAAGCGUCAUCAGUGGACUCAUACUGGAGAGAAGCCCAGCACCAGUGAGCAGUGUGGGAAGAGUUUCAGACAAUCUGGACAUUUAAAGGUUCAUCAGCAGACUCAUACUGAAGAGAAGCCCUGCACCUGUGAGCAGUGUGGGAAGAGUUUCAGUCAAUCUGGAUAUUUAAAGCGUCAUCAGCGAACUCAUACUGUAGAGAAGCUCUGCACCUGUGAGCAGUGUGGGAAGAGUUUCAUACUAUCUGCAACUUUGAAGCGUCAUCAGCGGACUCAUACUGGAGAGAAGCCCUACACCUGUGAGCAGUGUGGGAAGAAUUUCAGUCAAUCUGGACAUUUAAAGCGUCAUCAGCGAACUCAUACUGUAGAGAAGCUCUGUACCUGUGAGCAGUGUGGGAAGAGUUUCAUACUAUCUGCAACUUUGAAGCGUCAUCAGCGGACUCAUACUGUAGAGAAGCUCUGCACCUGUGAGCAGUGUGGGAAGAGUUUCAUACUAUCUGCAACUUUGAAGCGUCAUCAGCGGACUCAUACUGGAGAGAAGCCCUACACCUGUGAGCAGUGUGGGAAGAGUUUCAGUCAAUCUGGACAUUUAAAGCGUCAUCAGCGGACUCAUACUGGAGAGAAGCCCUACACCUGUGAGCAGUGUGGGAAGAGUUUCAUACUAUCUGCAACUUUGAAGCGUCAUCAGCGGACUCAUACUGGAGAGAAGCCCUACACCUGUGAGCAGUGUGGGAAGAGUUUCACACGAUCUGAACAAUUAAAGCGUCAUCAGCGGACUCAUACUGGAGAGAAGCCCUACACCUGUGAGCAGUGUGGGAAGAGUUUCACACGAUCUGAACAAUUAAAGCGUCAUCAGCGGACUCAUACUGGAGAGAAGCCCUGGGAGCAGCGUGGGAAGAGUUCCCUUGCGAAGAGUUUCGACCAUCCACACUGCGGAACAAACUCACCUGUGAGAGGUGCAGGGACGAAUCUGUCACGCAGUGUAGAGGGCGUACCUGAACUGUCCGGAUCUCUUAACUGUUAAAAAAUGACGUGAUUUGUAUAAAAAAUGUCAUGAAAAUAUUUGAAUAACAUUGAUACUGCAUGCAA